AUGCUCUACAGAAACUCGGUUGCCCGCUCUGUGCUCAGGGCUAUCUCUAGCUCCAAUGCUUCGGUCGCCCGCUCGACUUUGUCCAACAAUGUGUUCAACGCUCAUCUGACAUCUUCCGCUCGUUUUCCCGCUCGCGCAUCCAGCUUGGCACUGACUACCCGUAAGCCCGUCACCACUGCGCUUGUCCGCUAUGCCUCCAGCGUCCCGGGUUCUACCAACGUACCCAAGGAAGCCAAGGUUGCCGAGGAGGACCAUGACAUGAUGGCGGGUAUCAAGACCGAAGCGAAAGUUAUCAAAGACACUUUUAGCCUUGAGGGCACCCCCAAGGAGGCUCUCUACCUCGGAAUGGCUGGUGUCAUCCCCUACCUGGCUACUUCCCUCGAGACCGUCUACCUUUCCUACGAGAUCAACCGUGCUACCGCCACCGGUGAUGGUCUCAUCUUCUCCGGCCAGACUGCCGAGCUGAUGCUUCACAUGCUCGAGCCUAUCCAGGUUGGCUAUGGUGCUGUGAUCCUCUCCUUCCUUGGAGCUAUUCACUGGGGUCUUGAAUGGGCCGGAUACGGUGGCAAGCACGGUUACAAGCGCUAUGCUGCGGGUGUCAUCGCCCCCGCUGUUGCCUGGCCCACCCUGCUGCUCCCCGUCGAAUAUGCCUUGAUAAGCCAGUUCCUCGCGUUCACCUUCCUGUACUACAAUGACGCCCGCGCUGCUGCCCACGGCCGUGCUCCCCACUGGUACGGCAUGUACCGCUUCGUCCUGACCUUCGUUGUCGGAGCCAGCAUCGUGGCCAGCUUGAUCGGCCGUGAGCAGAUCGCCAACACCAUCAGCACUGAGCACACGAUCACCGACAAGAUCAACGCGCUGCUCUUCCUGCAGAAGAAGGAGAAGGAAGAGGCCGAUGCUCGCCGCCGCGCCGAGCUCGGCGAGGAGGAGUCUGAGUAA